AUGGCCAAAGUCGUGGACUGGACCUCGCGGAAGCCGUCACCAAUACCAAAGGCGUUCUCGAAUCUCGCACCGGCAGCAAUCUCCUACCGAGGCGAGCUCUGCGUCUUCUUCGUGCAAGAACGACCAGUCGAGAAGGAUUCGGUCUUGUUCACUAUCCGGCGCCUGGCGGACGAGACCUGGACUGAGCCGGAACUCCUCACGUAUGGAGUCGCAAACAGUGUGGUGCCUGCCUCUCGCACUCCGCUGAUCGUGGUUUCGGAAGAUGUCCUCCACUUGAUUGUGUUCCAUAAGGCCGAUGGAAACGAUACACUGAACCUGAGCCACUACCACUUGACCAUUGGUUGGGAUUUCGACGCUGAGCAGGAACUACGGAUCUGGGAGCGUAUUUCUCAGUUGCCCUUGACAGAUGGACUUGUGGAUGCAUCUCUCGUUACGGCCCAGAAUCAACUGUAUCUGUUUUAUCGCCAGAUUGCCCCCAACCAGCCGCAGCCAACCUUCUUCCUCAUGCGAUGGGUUGGCGGGGACGGUUUCACGGCUCCAGUUCAGGUCAAUCUAGGAGACGACAAUGCAGGCAGAGCUUAUCCUUUUGUCUGGUAUGACACCCAGGUAUAUCUAUUCAGGCCGCAGCAGAACGGUAGCGUCAAGGUCUGGGCAAUGGUCAACCAAGACCAGAUUGCCUGGAAGGGCGACUCGAAACCGGAGAGGCCUGGGUUCAGAUUUGAUGGCAAUGCGAUUCCAAAUGAGAUGUCGGUCGUCACACGCAACAACCAGUUUUUCAUCGCCUACAAGCAGGGCAGUGACUAUGAGAAUGUGAGGACGCUGAUGCUCCGUGAUCCGCCGUAUGUUCCUGCGCAUGAGUCGGUCGGCCAUGUCAAGACCACCCAGUGCCCUGUCAUGGUCGUCCACAUUGACACCGUGUAUUGCCUGUGGAACACGGUCCUCAGCAACGGCAGCCACCAAAUCAUGCAGAUCUCGCAGCCGGUCUCUACUUUGGGGCCGCUCAGUAGCUGGAUGCGCUGGCUCCCUCAGACGGUGCCUAUAUCCCACGUUACUCUGCCUGGCACGCAUGACUCCGGGGCACUGGACCGGCCGCCUUCUUGGAAUGUUCUCGCACCGCUGAUGAACAGAGUGGGGACGUGUCAGACGAUGCCAAUUAGUCUGCAGCUGCGGGCAGGAAUUCGGUUCCUGGAUAUUCGAGGUGGAUACGGAUGGCGUGGCUGGAUUGGCACAGAGGAGGCCAUCGUCCACCACGGUCCCAUGCCUAUUCUCCCCUACCUGCCUCUCCGCGAGUUAUUCACCCAGCUCUAUGGCUUCCUCGAUGACCACCCGUCCGAGUUUCUCGUGGUCUCCCUCAAAUAUGACCCGAAUGGCGAGGGACCGGACAGACGACGGUUUGCCGAGGAGAUGUGCAGCUUGAUCACCAGCGAGCGCGGAGCGCAGUACUGGCUCACAACGCCGGCGAUACCCACCGUUCAAGAAGCACGGAAGAAGAUCAUCCUGCUCAGACGCUACCAGCUGUUCGACACACAACCCACUCCCGAAUUCGGCAUCAACGCCUUCGACGACUGGGCCGAGCAGAUCGACCCCUUCACCAUCCUGUCCGAUCCCCCAGCACAAAUAAUCCUUUCCGUUCAGGACGCCUACGACCUCAACUGGAUCCCAGAAGACCAGCGGAUCCAAUCGCCCGAGAGCUGGAAAAUGGCCAAGGUUAAAGCGUUGCUGGACCAAGCGGCGUUGGACAGGGAUGGGAAAUGGUGGUAUAUCAACUUCGCCAGUGCCACCAAGCCCCCGAAGUUCAAGACGCCCACGGGGCCCCAGUGGCCCAUCUGGCCGCGUAGUGUUGCCCAGGGCCGUCUGGUGACUCUCUAUCCGUCCAAGGGCAGCCACCCGUCCAAGGGCAGCUAUGCGUAUGAGCUGGGGGUCAAUGACCACCUGCGGCUGUACUUGACGUCUCGGCCAAAGGGUCAUUACGGAAUUGUGGUGAUGGACUUUGCUGAUCGGUUUGAGGAUUUGGUUGCGAUGGUGGUGAAUCUGAACCAUUUUGUUUAG